UUUGUCAAAAAGUGCUUAACUUUUUGAAAUAAUUCGAUCAUAUUUUCGAAAGUUAUUCAAUUGAAACUGAAUUUGGUUUCUGGAAGAAUAUUUCGUAUCAGCAUAAUUUUUUAAUGACAUAAACGAUUUUUAGAAAUCAAAUAUUUUAAAGCAGGGGAUAUUAGAUUUUACAUUUGUUUUGCUAAAUCUGUUAACCAUCGUUAGAGGUGAACAUUUUUUACAUGGUGUCUAACUUAAAAUGUACAUAUAAAACUAGUAUUCGAUUAAUUAAUGUUGAAGAUAAAAUGGUUCGUUCCAAACUCAGUUCUCGUCUAGUUACACUGAUUAAUAAAAACCUAUUCUAAAGACGAGGUAGGGUUUUUGUAUGUCAAGUUUAGUGGUUUAGUUUAGAGGUUGAUUGAAUUGCAAAUCGAAAUUAGUAUCAGUUCGUGAAUGUCAUAAAGUGUCAUAAAAUGAAAUGUCUCAAGCCUAGGGUGAUUUAUGACCAAAUUCCGCCGGAUGCGAGUCAAAUUUCUGACGUGCUUGUAAACACUUUUUUUUCAAACAUCUUAAAGGAUGAAGCAAUUUCUCGAUACUACGGUAAAAAUUUUACUUGGGAAAAAUCUCUAUGGGGGGUGGGGGUUAAACCAGGGGGCUUAGGUCUAGGUUCAAUAAUUUUUACCAUCCUUUGGACUCCAAUUUGGACUUCCAACCAACAUGUUCUUGGAGGGCGAAACUGCAAGUUCGGAUCUCGGUAUAUGUAAUCUGCUCGCUAAAAAAUUCUCUAGUGUUUUUACCACCGAUUUAAUCUCUGCCGAUCAAAUAGCUAACGCUGUUCGAAACGUUCCUUCCCUAAACGCAUCUUUAAACAUGAUUGCAAUUGAAGAGGAAACUAUUUUAAAGGCAACCGCAAAAAUGAAAAACUCUCUCUCCUCGGGACCGGACGGAAUACCUGCCACAUUUCUGAUACGCUUUAUGCCCCAUUUAUUGUUUCCAAUUAAACGAAUAUUUCAAGCUUCGCUGGACAGAGCAGUUUACCCUUCGCUGUGGAAGGAUGCUUAUAUGUUUCCUGUUCACAAAAAAGGUGACAAAAGGGAUAUAAAUAACUACAGAGGAAUAUCUGCCUUAUGCGCAAUUGCAAAAUUAUUCGAACUGGUAAUUCUGGACCCCAUUUUCUCAUUCUGCAAGGAGUAUUUUUCCAAUGACCAACAUGGGUUUAUGCCCAAGCGUUCAACUAGUACGAACUUAAUGAACUUUACAUCCUAUGUGCAAGAAAGUUUUACAGCGGGUAUCCAAACCGACGCAAUCUACACAGAUUUGUCUGCCGCGUUUGACAAAGUUAAUCAUGAACUUGCUAUUGCAAAACUCGAACGUCUUGGAAUCUGUGGUUGCCUAUUGAAUUGGUUCCGUAGCUACCUGAUCGGAAGAAAACUGACCGUUCGAACUAAGGAUUCGUAUUCCAGACAAUUCCCUGCUACUUCCGGGGUUCCACAAGGGAGCCAUCUAGGACCGAUUGUGUUCCUUAUUUAUUUUAAUGACGCACUUCUACUGCUCGACGGACCAAAACUCGCCUAUGCUGAUGAUCUGAAAUUGUUCAACGUAAUCAAAGGCCCCGAAGACACUGCUGCACUACAAAGGCAAUUCGACCUUUUCGCUACCUGGUGCAACAACAAUUGCCUGGCGUUGAACCGCAAUAAAUGUCCCGUCAUAACAUUUUCGCGCAAAAGGCAUCCCAUUUCCGCCGAUUAUUUCCUUUCGGAUCACUUAAUUGCCCGUGUGAACCACAUCAAAGAUUUAGGUGUGAUUCUUGAUCAAAAACUUGACUUCAAGACACAUACAAACUAUAUAGUGGAUAAAGCUUCUCGAUGUUUAGGCUUUAUUUUCCGCGUGACGAAGGACUUCAGAGACGUAUACUGCUUGAAAAGCCUCUACUGCAGCCUCGUUCGCUCCAUCCUGGAAUAUGCAUCGGCAGUUUGGAGCCCUUUCUACCAGAAUGGCGCUGAUCGGAUCGAAGCUCUACAACGACGGUUUAUGCGAUAUGCUCUACGCCAUUUGAACUGGUCUGACCCGUUCCACCUUCCAAGCUACGAGAACCGCUGCAACCUCAUUAGCCUAGACACGCUACAAGCCCGUCGAGCUGUCACACGGGCCUUGUUUGUCUCCGAUAUCCUGACAACGAAAAUUGACUGCCCUUCGCUAUUGGAAUCAAUCAACAUUAGUGUCAGACCUCAAGGACUACGGAACAGGAAUUUACAGCUCUACACUCCCCUUCGUCAAAACAACUACGGGGCAAAUAGUGCAUUGAUCGGUGUGAUCAAGACUUUCAACCGUUACUCUGAACAUUUUGAUUUCGGUACAUCGAGGGAUUCCUUUAGAAGAAAAAUUUUAAUAGCGUUUAGGUCAAGGAUCCACACUGGGAGAGACGCCUGGAUCGGCAGGACCAGCAGGAUAGGAUGAAGCUUUGCGACAGCGAGGACAGCGUUUGAAACUUUUGUGAACUGACAAUUUCGGUCCAAUAAUUUAGUAGCACACAGCGAACACGAAUUUAAUUUUCUACAAACCCACAUCAACGCGGAACGAAAAUUGUGUCUAUGCAUUCAUAUCGAGAGCGAGCUGAAUGAACUGUGUACCUAGAACUGAUAAGUUAAUGGCAAUUUGAUCGUUGCUGUUGAGGAGGAAUGGCGAGAUGGAUGCGAGGUUGAGGUUAGGCCUCAAAAAUAAAUACUGCAGCGACCACACGAGCUUCCGAAUCCGGUGAGCUUGGAAAAUAGCUGCAAAAUUCAACGAACCGAUGUAAAACAGGCAUGCAGAAUUUGGAGUAGAUUUCAUUGCGCCUGCAGGUAUGCAGCAGCAAAAUGUGAGUUUAGUACAAAAAGCACACGAUCGACAUGGGGAAAAGCGUAAUGAUGAGUGAGAAGAAAUGAUUUCCUUUUCAGGCUGGGCAAAUUUGAAUAAUCCAUUACCAAAUUCAGCUGAACAAGGCAAAAGAGUUAUCAAAUUUCAAUUUAACUUUUUUUUUAUCUAGAAAAAUAUGAAUAAAAACAAGAAAUAUUUAAAUACGUGAUUCCGUUUACAAUUUUUUUUUUUGCAAAUUUAACUAUUUAAAUUUAUUGCUUACUCUAAACUUUGUAUUUUAAUUUGAAUUCUUAUUUUCAUUCCCAAUACUGAUUUAUAUUCUGAUUCUGAGUUCUGAUUUUAAACUCUGAUUUGCAAGUUAUGAUUCUGAUAUUGUAUUCUUGUUCCGAAAUCUGAGUUCUGAUUCUGAAUUCUGAUUCUAAAUUCUUAUUCUGAAUUCAAAAUUUGCGUUACGUUAUUUUCGAACGCCAACUUAUGAGUUUAAAAAUAACAUUAAACUUUUUUCAAACUGUCUUUAAUAAGCCUUAAGAUUUUUUAAAGUGUAAAGAUUUUUAUUUUCUAUAAUACGGAAUGUUAACGGAUUCUACAGAUCAGUUAAAUGAGAUAACAUCACUAUCGAGUAAACAGGAAUUGAUUUAAGGUCGAAUAUUGAUUGUUAACAGUUUCGAGUUCGCAAUUACUCCUAUCACGAGAAUUGUAUGUUUUUUUAUGGAUGUUUAAAACAGGUGAAUACUUAUAAACUAUUUUACAUCGGACUGGAUCAAACACAAUUUGAACUAUGUUUGUGAAGUAUUUGAAUUUUAGGAAUGGGAUACAGAAUACAUUUAUUACAUAUUUGUUCAUAGAAUAGGUGGAGUAAUUGAGGCUUUUUUUAAUUCUUGUGAUAAAAAAUUGUUCAAUUUUAGGUUUUUAAAAAUUUUCUUACUGUGAUAACUGUGAUUUUUUACGAUUGUUGUAUUCUAUUCCGCUUGUUUUGUUGCUUUUGUUGUUGGAACAUUUGGAACAUUUGUUAUUAAAAUUUUUCAAAUUGAUAAUAGUUUAAAUCAAGCUUCCGAUAGUUGCUCUCUGAACCGUUUUGUUUUCUGUGUAAGCUUUAAAUAUUUAAAUUUGUCCAAAUAUCGGUGGAUUGUUGUGGUUAAAUUUUCACAGUUUUUUUAUUCCUUUUAUUGACUUUCUUAUUCCCUAAAAUUUUAAAUACUUUUAUGUUUCAUGUAUCAGCUUUGUAAUCACAAUACCCUAGUAAACAAAAAAAAAUUGACAUUGUGGUGAAGCGUACAUUACAUUUAGUUUAUUCUAAUGAACAACUUUGCCCAGCCUGAAUAGCUUUUGAUAGCAGUUUAGCCAAGUGAAAAAGUAUUACCGCUGUUUCUAAUCGUAAAUCUGCAAAACCCCCAGAGCCCAGCAACAACUUUUUUUCCAAUCUAACUUUCUCACAGUCACAGAGUAGCUACAUAUUGGGGAAAAAGAUGGUGUUCCUUCCUGUAGAUUAAAACAAACCGAUGAACAAACCGGAAAUGGCGGACUUUUUUCACUUGAAUGCACAGGGAUGGAAUUCGAACUAGCUUUAAUUUCGUAAGUUGAAAUGUUAGUUCCAAAUCAUAAAAAUGACUCUUGACGUCAGAUUUAACGAAAAACUUUGAGUGAUCUGUUCUUCAUAUUUAGUAAUAGUAAAGUUAUAGAUAAGGCUUUAGAAAUCAGAAAUUAAAUAACACUCGAUUCUACUGAUAACCUUUGUAAAUUAGACCAACCAGCCCUGAAAGAAAUAAGUGGGAUCACUACGAAAGAUAGAGUGGGUGUCGGAAUAAUGUUAAAAUUAAAAGGUCGAUGAGAACUAACAGCGUAUCUAUUUUUUAUCAACAAAGUCGUUGUAAAACAUUUGUGCUUGUUAAAAGAGUACUUUAAAUAAAUAAUGCAAACUUUUUUUUAGUAA